AUGAGCAAAACCUUCGCCGUAGUAGGUUCGUCCGGUCAGCGCGGAGUCUUCAGCGGCAGAGUGAGUGGAGCUCGGUUCAGCUGUUUGUGGUUGAAGAUGGCGGCGUGUAGACGUGUUCAGCUGCUGCUGCUCCUCAUGUCUCUCUGCCUGCUAACCGUACAGGCUCUUAAACCUCUUCCAGGUUUCGGGAAUGUCCAUCUUCCGGCUGCCGCCAUGCACCAGCAGUUCAGAGCCGCGCUACCGAAUCCCGGGAAUAACGCCGCCGCGUCCUCCGGUACUCAGUCUAGAAGAUCCACCGGCUGGAAGCUGGCAGAAGAACAGGCCUGCCGGGACGACGUGACCCGGCUAUGUCCAAAACACACCUGGACAAAUAACCUGUCUGUACUGGAAUGCCUGCAGGACAAGAAAGAGGACACAGAAAUUGCUUCAGACUGCAACCAUCUGUUGUGGAACUACAAGCUGAACCUGACCACAGAUCCGAAGUUCGAGUCCGUGGCGCUGGAAGUGUGUACGAGCACCAUGUUAGAGCUGAAAGAGUGUGCCGACGAGGAGCGAGGGAAAGGCUAUCUGAUGUCCUGCCUGGUGGAUCACCGCGCGAACGUCACUGAACGCCAGUGCCAUCAGUACAUCACCAAGAUGACCAGCAUUAUCUUCAGCGACUAUCGGCUCAUAUGCGGCUUUAUGGACAAAUGCAGAGAAGACAUCAACACCCUGCAGUGUGGAAGCAUCUCCGUCGGAGAAAAAGACCUGCAUUCUCAGGGUGAGGUGAUUGCGUGUCUGGAGAGGGCUCUGGUCAGAGAAGCAGAGCAGCAGGACAAGGCUCAUCAAAUCAAGGAUGUCUGCAAAAAGUCCAUCAUGAGAGUGGCCGAACUAUCAGCGGAUGACUUCCACCUCGACCGCUACCUCUACUUCUCCUGCCGAGACGACCGGGAGCGCUUCUGCGAAAAUACCCAGGUGGGAGAGGGCAGAGUGUACAAAUGCCUGUUCAACCAUAAAUUCGAAGAAGCAAUGUCAGAAAAGUGCAGAAACGCCCUGACCACUCGGCAAAAACUCAUUGCUCAAGAUUAUAAAGUCAGUUACUCCCUUGCAAAGGCCUGUAAAGCCGACCUACGCAAAUACCGCUGUAACCCGGACACCAGCAUGCCUCGCGCCCGAGAGGCCAGACUCUCCUACCUCCUCCUCUGCCUGGAGUCUGCUGUUCACAGAGGCCGUACGGUGACCGGAGACUGUCAGGGUGAGAUGCUGGACUACAGACGCAUGCUAAUGGAGGAUUUCUCUCUGAGCCCUGAGAUCGUGUUGCACUGUCGAGGAGAGAUCGAGGCGCACUGCUCAGGACUGCACCGCAAGGGACGAACCCUGCACUGCCUCAUGAGAGUUGCCCGUGGGGACAAGGGCACGGUGGACAACCUCUGCCAGACAGCACUCCAGACUCUUAUCCAGUCGGCAGACCCCGGAGCUGAUUACCGGAUUGAUCGCGCUUUGAAUGAAGCCUGUGAGUCUGUGAUCCAGACGGCCUGCAAACACAUCCGCAGCGGAGACCCUAUGAUUCUGUCUUGUUUAAUGGAGCAUCUUUACACAGAGAAGAUGGUUCAAGACUGUGAACACCGUCUUCUAGAGCUGCAGUACUUCAUUUCAAGAGACUGGAAGCUUGAUCCUAUCUUAUACCGUAAAUGUCAGAACGACGCGUCCAGACUGUGCUACACACCUGGCUGGAACGAGAGCAGUGAGCUCAUGCCUGCUGGUGCCGUGUUUUCCUGCCUCUAUCGCCAUGCUUAUCGGACAGAAGAGCAGGGCAGACGGCUCACCAGGGACUGUAAGGUGGAAGUGCAGAGAAUUCUUCACCAGAGAGCUCUGGAUGUGAAGUUGGACCCUGAGCUCCAGAAACGCUGCAUGACUGACUUGGGCAAAUGGUGCAGUGAGAAGACAGACACCGGACAGGAGCUGGAGUGUCUUCAGGACCAUCUUGAGGACCUGGUGUCAAACUGCAGAGACGUGGUGGGCAACCUGACAGAGCUGGAAUCUGAAGACAUUCAGAUUGAAGCCCUGCUGAUUCGAGCCUGCGAGCCGGUCAUCCAGAGCCACUGCCGCGAUGUAGCUGAUAAUCAGAUAGACACAGGGAAUCUCCUGGAGUGCCUGGUGCAGAACAAACAUCAGAGGGAAAUGAAUGAUAAAUGUGCUGUGGGCGUCACUCAUUUCCAGCUGGUUCAGAUGAAGGACUUUCGCUUCUCCUACAAGUUCAAAAUGGCCUGUAAAGAGGACGUACUCAAACUCUGUCCCAACAUUAAGAAGAAGGCGGAUGUGGUCAUCUGUUUGAGCACCACAGUGAGGAACGACACUCUGCAGGAUGUGAAAGAUCAGCGAGUGUCUCUCAAAUGUCGGAAACAGCUGAGGGUGGAAGAGCUGGAGAUGUCAGAGGACAUUCGACUGGAACCUGAGUUGCACGAUGCUUGUAAGAAGGAUAUCAACAAGCUUUGUUCCUCUGUCGCCUAUGGAAAUGCUCAGAUCAUCGAGUGUCUCAAAGAGAACAAGAAGCAGCUAUCCCAGGUGUGUCAUCAAAAGAUCUUCAAGCUUCAGGAAACCGAAAUGAUGGAUCCAGAGCUGGACUAUCAGCUCAUGAGAGUGUGCAAGCAGAUGAUCAAGCGUUUUUGCACAGAGUCGGAUGCUAAGAAUGUGCUGCAGUGUCUGAAGCUGAACAAGAACAGUGAGCUGAUGGAUCCCAAGUGUAAGCAGAUGAUCACCAAGAGACAAAUCACUCAGAACACAGACUACAGGUUGAACCCAGUGUUGAGGAAGGCUUGUAAAGCAGACAUACCCAAGUUCUGUCAAAGCAUACUCAAUAAAGCCAGUGACGCCAAUGAACUGGAGGGUCAAGUCAUAUCCUGCCUUAAACUCAAGUAUGCAGACCAGCGGUUGUCGGGAGACUGCGAGGAUCAGAUCAGAGUGAUUCUCCAGGAGUCGGCGCUCGACUACCGGCUCGAUCCACAGCUCCAGGUUCACUGCAGGAACGAGAUCACGCGGCUGUGUGCAGAGGAAGCUGCCGCGCAGGAACAGACGGGUCAAGUGGAGGAGUGUCUGAAGAACAACCUCCUGAAAAUUAAACAGGAGGAGUGCAAGACGGAGGUGUUGAAUAUGCUUAAAGAAAGCAAAGCAGACAUAUUUGUGGAUCCUGUCUUACACACGGCCUGUGCUCUGGAUCUGAAACACCACUGUGCAGCCAUCAACCCUGGAAGAGGCAGACAAAUGUCCUGUUUGAUGGAAGCUCUGCAGGACAAGCAGGUGCGUCUACAGCCGGAAUGUAAGAGAAGAUUACAGGACCGCAUAGACAUGUGGAGCUAUGCAGCGAAGGUGGCCCCAGCUGAGGGUUUCUCAGACCUGGCUGUGCAAGUCAUAACAUCACCCUCAAAGAACUACAUCCUGUUCGUGAUCGCUCUGGCCGUGUCCAUGCUCUUCCUUCUGGGGCUGCUGUGUGGCCGAAUCACCAAACGUGUGACCAGAGAGCUGAAAGACAGGUAGAGCGAGGAAUGCCGCCCCUCCGCCACUUCACGCAUCAUUUCCUGCCCUCGCUGUUCUCUGUACUCAAUCCCGCGAAGACUCUGGGGGGCCGUCGGUGGGCCGGUCCGUGUUUGGAACCCUCUCGAGCCCAUCCUGCCCCGCUGAAGCCCAGCUCAAUCCAAACACAACCUUCGAAACGCUUCUCAGACAGGAUCAAGAUCGUUUUGGGACAUUAUGCCUUGAGUAUGUUUUUUUUUUUGUUGUCGUUGUUGUUGUUUUGAGAGUGACAGCCUUACUUCUUGACUGUACUAUGGUCAUGUGUCAAUGCAGUAUUUUUAUCGUUGUAUCUUUUUCCAUUUUUUGAGAACAAUGAGGCUUUAUCAGCAGCUUACAUGAAAAUUCGGAAGCCAUCUUUACGUUCGUUUUUCACUUCCGUUUUUUAAUUCACAAGGUGGGAUUCAGUUUGGGUGGGAUUGGUUUUUGUGUGUCUCUUGACGUUGUGGCAAUGGGGAGGGAAGAUGGUUUUUCUAGAUUAAUAAAGACCACCACGUGUCAGGAUCGUAUUAGUUGAGAUGCAAUUAAGAUACGUUAGACAUCAAGUGCUAAACUCGCAAAGUAUGAUAUAAUAAUAGACAGUGUGACAGUCAAGGCAGUUUAUGAAAGGUUAAGAUAAACAGAAUGAUAUUUCAAAUGUCUUGAGUGAAUCUCAUAAAAACAUAUCCAUGCUCUAAUAUAUAUUGGCUAUAUAUAUAUAUUUGUGCAUUACAGCUUCCCCCAGAAUUCCUAUUACACCUGCAUAUAUCACUCCAUAAAUCACAUAGUUUUUUUUUUUAAUUGCAGUAUUUUGACACUUGUUUUUUUUAUUUAAAUCAAAAAAAGCCGGAAAUCAAUUUUCUUCAAGCACCGUUUAUUUUUACUUUGACCUCAAAUAUGACGAACAUGGUCUUGGUUUGUGAGAUUCCCCCACUGAUAAGAAAGUUAUAAACGUAUGGUUUGCACAUUAAUAAUGCAUUAGACACUAAAUUAUUAAUAUACGAAGAGAACGCAAUUGAAAUAGACCUGUGCCUCUGUCAGAAGGUUUGAUCGUCCAGAGCCAAGUUUCCUGCGGACCAACAUUGACUGAACAGAACUGUAUACCCUGUUACUUUGAAUGUUCACAGGAUGAUUGCACUUUUUUGAUGUUUUGUUGCGUUCGGCUUAAGCCUUAUUUAUUGUUUACAACAAACGUGCUGAUCUUGGUUUCGAAUUUGCGUGCCUCUGCGUGUGUGUGUGUGUGUGUGUGUGCGCGAGUGUGUGUGUGUGUGUAUAGAGAUAAAUGUGUUUUAGGACUUAUUUCAUAGCUAUGUUCUAAUGUUGCCUUUUCUCUUUCUCUGUCAUACCAGUGAAAGGAAACAUUCAUUGGCGGCUCUGUAUUUUUUCAAAGCUGAACCCACAGACAUCUCUAGUAUGAAACGGAAUGACAUACUUGUCUUUUCAAUUUGUUACCGAGUUACUCUGACAAUAACUGUGACGAUUAUAUGCAUAGCAUUUGCUGAAUACAAAAGGUUUUUUCUAAAAGUCAGUGCAUGCUUUUUUCCCCAGAUCAUAUCACGUUCUGCAUAACCUCACAUACGCGUCGCUUUGGGAGAAUGCAAUCAGGUGAUUCUCAUGAAAUCCUGUUCUGGGGCCCCAAAUUAUUUUUUAAUCAGAGUAUUUUUACAGUUAAACCAGUUUCCAUGAAAAUAACAGCGCGGAAACCGAUUACACACGGACAUGAAUUAUGAUUCAAGUUUCACUUUUUGAAAAAACGCUUCUUUUAAUGGGUUCUGUGGGAUUCACCCUUUCAUUCUCUUGUAUUUUCUUGACAACAGCUGUACCACUAUAGAGAGGCUUUCCAUGGAUUUAGUUUGUAUAUUCUGUCUCUCAAAGAGUGUGCAAAGCUCUAUGAAACUAAUUCGUCCACUCUCCUCGUAUUAAAGGGAUAGUGCACCCAGAAAUGAAAAAUCAUUAUUCGCCUUCAUGUUGUUCCAAACCUGUAUGCGUUUAUUUUUUUUUUCUGCUAAAAGGUGUAUUUCGAAGACAUUUCAGUUUGUAUUAACAUUGUAUUUUUGUUCACAUCGUUGCAGCAUUCUUCAGCGAAAGGUUUGAAUGCGAGUAAAUAAAUGUUUUAUUUCUGAGUGCGCUGGCCCUUUAAUAGAUUAAAAAAUUUCUCAGAUUCCAACAUUUGGGAACAGAUUUGUACAAUAUUUAGCUUCAAAGCUGGAGAGGCCACAGGCGCACUGCUUACCUCUAGCAUUGACGACCUCAAUGUUAUUCUGUAAAUAAUAGAUCUAAUGUGCAAAUCACAGAGUCCGUGAUUUCUGCUUGAUUGGAAUUUGGACUGUAAAAUUCUACUGAUCACAUGAUCAUGUUUGACUAUAUAUUGUAGAUAAGUAUAUGUCAAAGGUUGCGUUAUUCCACAUAUAUUUCUCCUGAUUCACGUUUUUUGAGACUGGUUGUCAUGAUGAUCUGUUUUAGUUUGACUGCUUUUGUUUCUUUACUGUUUUGCAUAAAUAGUUUAUAGUGGGUUUUUAAUCAUCGGACUGUAAAAAAAAAUCACAAAGCUGACAGGGAUGGGUUAUAGAUCAAAACAAAGGGAGCCUGUUUGAUCUGUGCUAUAGUGUGGAAAUUAAGUGAUCCUUAAACAUGAUCCUUGGGGAAGGUGCAUGGAGUAUCAAGUCUUUCCAACCCCUACAGCUAGUAUACUUGCUUUCUCUUUUCUUCCGUUUUGUUUUAAAUGGUUUUGUUUUUUAAUUGCGCACAAUUCGCGUUGCCAGAGAUUUUCAAAUUCAGGAUUUUUUUUGUGUCUUCGUGUUGAGUGAAGCCACAAGCAAAGGCAAAACCCGACGACACUAGCGCGGAGCCGAAGAUGAUCGCGCUUUGUUUCAAAUGGCCUUUCUCUGCUCCUCUGGACUGUAAGCGGCUCCGGUGUUUCUCAUUGACCGCGAAUGGACUAAACGUCGUAAAAAGGUUAUGGCUGUGAUGUUUUCUCAGUUUCUUCAUCUUGCCAUGUAACAUUAAUGUGACAAAUCAGACUUUUUGUUGGUUUCCCUAAUUCUGUACAGAUGAAUUAUCAGUUUAAUAAAAUGCUGUAGAUUUUCUUA